CUCACUCAAAGCUUCAGCAAUACCGCCAAACACACCCAAAAACACCUCACAAACCACACAACAUGCCUCGUGACGGAUCAGGACACUCACACAACGCCGUCGAGGGCGAGGAGCUCGUCCACGGAGCGCCAACCGGCAACGACGGCAAGGGCUCCGAGGUCGACCGCUCUGACAAGGCCGCCGCACCACCAGCGCACGAGGCCGGCGAGGCCAUCACCAACCCAGCAUCCGGUGGAGGCAGUGUCGGUCUCACGGGAGUCGGCAGCGGCAAGGGCGGCGAGACCACCUCGAAGUAAGACGGCGCAAGGAUGCAGAGGACACGAUACCAGUUCACAUGCUUCGGCAUCACGAUAUGAGAACAUGAAGCAAUUUGGCAGCGUAGGCAUGGAGCGUGGAUAGGCACAGACAGCACAUCUUCUCUUCCGUUGCAGAGAUGGCAAUCAGUCUUGUAUGCUAGAUCGACGAUUCAAACCAGCUUCAGCUGAAAGCCAC